GUAGCCGGAAAUCCCGGCGCGCCGCCGACCCUCACCUGCUCUGAUCGCAGCACGGACGGCAUGGCGACGCAUGGCUCAGCCCCAGGCAGCCGGCAGCUUCACCUCAACCCUUAGCAACGGAAGCUGCAGAAAUGACUAACCGAGAAGAAGCCGAGAUACAAAUAUCAGAAUUAGAUUUACUCUCUAGCAUGUUUCCGUAUGAGGAAGAGUUCACUGUGACCGACCAGCUGGCAGUGGCAGAACUAAAGCACUUCGUUGACAAUGAGUCUGCAGAGAUGCCAUCUUCUAAAAUUCAGUUCAUACUGAAUGUGAAGCCAGAGGACUCUAAUGCCUCUAUGGUAAAAUUUUCUAUGGUCUGUGCUUUACCAUUUAAAUAUCCAUCUGUUCUACCAGAAAUUACCGUGAGAUCACCGUUAUUGAGCCGCUCUCAACAAGCCCAGCUGAACUCAGAUCUAAAAACAUAUUUGAUGCAGAACUGCAGUGGUGAGCCUUGCAUGUUGAGUGCCAGAGAAUGGGUUAAAGACCAGGCAGCUGCUUACAUUGACAGAGAACUUUCACCUUCCUCAGUGACGACAUCUAAUGCUGUUCAGUCAGAGGACGUCGUUUUCACUAGAUUGUGGAUCUAUAGUCACCAUAUUUACAACAAGCAAAAAAGGAAAAAUAUUAUAGAAUGGUCCAAGGAACUCUCUCUGUCAGGAUUUUGCAUGCCUGGGAAACCAGGUGUUGUUUGUGUAGAAGGUCUGCAAAGUAGCUGUGAAGAGUUCUGGUCAAGAAUAAGAAGACUAACAUGGAAAAGAAUACUAAUUCGGCACAGAGAAGAUAUUUCUUUGGAAGGUGGAUGUCUUGCUGAGAUUCAGAAACAAAGAAAGUUCUCCGCUUUGGAAGAAAAAUGUUUCGAUGCGCAUGGUGCUAGAGGAAAUCAUAUGGAUUUGGGGCAGCUAUAUCAAUUUUUAGAAGAAAAAGGAUGUGCUGACAUUUUUCAAAUGUACUUUGGGGUUGAAGGGCAUUAAAUCAUCACAGGUCCAAAUGCCUGCAUUUCUAAGUUAAUCCUCGUAACAGAUUCCUUAGAUUUUCUGCAACAGUUGAUCAGAGAGGAAAUUUGUAAUUCUUUCUUAAUGUGAUUUCCAGUUUUCUAAGAAAACAAGUAUUCAAUGACAGCUGAAUAAUGAAAAUGACUUAAUGAAUGGACACCUGGAUGCUUUCCUGUGCGUCCUGCUCUAGGUAACUGCUUUAGCAGGGGGCUGGACUCAAUGAUCUGCAGACAUCCCUUCCAUCCCCAGUGAUUCUGUGAAGGUGUUAUUACAGCUGCUGAUUUUAAGGUCCUUUGCAUACACACCGAAUUACAAAAACUGUUUGGUAACCUAAUGGGUAGAAUUACAGAAUGUGGGAUUGUAGUGAGUGAAUAUGUGAAUAGGAAGAAGAGGAAAAAAAAGUGUGUGCAUUGGAGAAGAAAUAGAAUGUUUACAUGAUUUAUUACUGUUUAUGUAUGCUCAGACUUCUCUAACAAUGUUUUCUAUUGAUUUCUAUAUGAAA